AAACAUCAAAAGCACAUAAGUCGAAGUCAAAAUUUAGUGUGCAAUGAGCCAUCUUAUAGACAAGCCAAAUAUAGCGAUGCCCAUUAAGUCAUCGUCUAGUAGUAGUCAAUUAGCAGCAACAGCCGCAUCCUUACCUGCUUCAUUUAGUAAUACCACAGCGUCACUAAACACAGCAACUGCAACAACAGUAACUGCAACUCCAAUUACAACUACAACAACAACAACUACCGAAAACCUUACAGGCCAAACCAGUAAAAAAGGCACUACAAAUUUUGAUGCCGUCCUUAUCAGUUUAUUAGCAGGUGCUGCAGCUGGAGCUAUCGCAAAGACAACUAUUGCGCCGUUGGAUCGAACGAAAAUAAAUUUUCAAAUAAGCAAAGAUGUACCAUAUUCAUUUAGAGCCGCUAUUGAUUUCCUUAAACAAACUUAUGCCAAAGAGGGCCUAUUGGCGUUAUGGCGUGGAAAUUCUGCAACCAUGGCGCGUAUUGUGCCUUACGCUGCCAUACAAUUUAGUUCACAUGAACAGUGGAGAAAAAUUCUUAUGGUGGAUAAAGAUGGCACAGACACAAAAGGUCGAAGAUUCGUAGCAGGUUCAUUAGCAGGCAUUACAUCUCAAUCUUUAACUUAUCCACUCGAUUUAGCGCGAGCACGUAUGGCAGUGACAGAUAAAUAUACUGGAUAUAGGUAUGUAAGUUAG